CUAUCAUUUUGAAAUCUUCCAGACCGAAGUUCAAAAAGUAUACAGAAAGCUAAAAAGAAAGAAGAAAUCCCUAAAUAAACCCCUUCUCUCGAUUUCGGACCCCAAAAUCCACAAAUCUCAAAUCUCCACGCCCCGUGAAUUCCAAAUUCACCAUUUCUAGGGUUUCAAUUCGCACCCAGAGUGAUUACCUGUACGCGCUCUCUCAUCCUCCGAUCAAACCUUAGCGGAAGAAAAAUCAGAUUUUUUGUUGUUGCGAUUUCUAGGGUUUUGGCGAGUCUAGGUUUUUCUAAGAUCGAGAAGGAAGAAAAAGAAUGGAUCUUCCGCAGGAAAUCGACGACUAUAUCAAAGAAUCGAUCGACCACUCCUUGGGCCUCCCUGUGUCGACGAACACCCUCGAAUUGAAGCUUCGAUGCUCCGAAGAAGCGAAACGGCGGCUUCAGAAUCAGUAUUCACUACUCCUCUCGAAACUGAAGGAGAAAGAGCAAGUCCUGGAGCGCUAUAAGGCCGAAGCGAGUAUGAAUGCACAAGCUUUGAGGAAGUUCGUUGAGGAGAAUCAGAGAUUGGCGUCAGAAUGUGCGCAUCUGGUGACUCAGUGCAACAAGUGGGAGAGAGAAUGCUCGCUCUACGAUCACGACAGAGAGGCUUUGAUGGAUUUUGGGAACGAGGCUGAUCAGCGUGCCAAGGAGGCGGAGAUUCGUGUUCAGGAGUUGGAGGACGAAGUCAGAGAGUUGAGGGAUGAAUUGGGGUUCUACAAGCACAAAUUGGAGAUGCAUUUGGUUGAAUCAUCUGCUGAAGACACAACCAUUGAAGAGAAACUACUGGAUUCUGUUUUGGCAACAUUGAUCAAUAAAGAUGAAGCUGUGUCUGCACGUGCUUUUCUGGAGGCCAACAAAGGAAAUGAGUCAUGUGGAAGGUUGCUAAAAAUGUGGAAAUGCUUGAAGCCGUCAUCUCAAAAAGUUCUAUCACUAGUUGCUGAGGUAAAGACACUUGAGAAGGAUAAGGAACAUCUAAGAAUCAAUCUUCGUACGGCUGAGGAAGAGGUUAAAUUGCUUUUUGAAGAAAACAAAGUCCUAGAUGUGGAGAACAAAAGAUUACUGAGGCUAUACCAGAAGGAAAGAAACCAUUCUGCGUCUGGUGGAAAACAUAUCGACAGUGCAUCAGCGAAGUCAAAUAAGCGCAAAUCAAGCUCUAAGAUAAGCAGCCCGAUUCAAGGGAAGAUUGAUUUCAGUGAGCAAGAACCAGCAAGACAGCCCCUAUCACCCUUGCGCUGUAACUCCCCUAACUCUAGAACCUAUAAGAAGUAGUAGAAAUUUUUUUCAAACAGUCCCCUUUGUACCUCGUGUAUUCAUGAUACCUUGUGACUGGGUGUUAAGAUCACAGAGUUCGGAAUGACUAACAAGUUUGAUUGUAAGAAUCACUUGCUAAGUCUUUUAGUAAGUGGUAGGGAAUUUUUCGUUUCAAAGGCAAUGCCAAGUUCUCGUCUUUAAAGAUCUGGUAUUUCUAGGGAUGCAGCAAUUACGUACAGUUGUGAAAUUGCUUUGCGUUUAUGAUGAAUUUCUGUGAUCAUGUUCUUGUAUAUUAGUAUAGCCUAGUUGCAUGGUUCAA